UGAUUGAGCUCGAAUCCACCACCAGGCACCACCACGCUCCAAUCGGCGUCUCGUUUAACUACACUCGUUUUGUUUGGUCUUGUUGUGAAAUAAAUUAAUCUUAGUCUUAGCUUUUUGAUCGCGGCGGAUUAAUUUUCUUCGGUAAAUAUCAAAGAGUUCGAGAGUAAAGAGUUAAACGCGGGAUUUUCAUAUCUAUUGAGGCGAGUUAGGUAAAGGUUAAAUUCCCUUCGAUUAUUCUUAGACUAAUCUUGUAUCCUGAUUCAACUCUACGGUGGCAGAAUUGCCAAGGCCAGAUUAAAAUUUCAUUCCGGGAAGAAUAUGAGAUAACCUCAACAUGAGCUACAACAAGAAGGUGGCGUAUUUUUACAACCCGGAGGUGGGUAACUUCCACUAUGGACCGGGUCAUCCCAUGAAGCCACACCGGUUAUCCGUGAUUCACAGCCUCGUACUCAACUAUGGCCUCCACAGGAAGAUGCAAAUUUAUCGGCCAUACCGCGCCAGUACCCACGACAUGUGUCGCUUCCAUUCGGAGGACUACGUGGAGUUCUUGCAGCGGGUCACGCCACAGAAUCUACAAGGUUACACCAAGUACCUGAGUCACUUCAACGUUGGAGAUGAUUGUCCUGUGUUCGACGGCCUUUUCGAUUUUUGCUCCAUGUAUACCGGCGCUUCAUUAGACGGUGCUACCAAGUUGAACAAUAAUUGCUGCGACAUCGCCGUCAACUGGAGCGGCGGUCUGCAUCAUGCCAAGAAAUUCGAAGCGUCCGGCUUCUGUUAUAUUAACGAUAUCGUGAUUGCUAUAUUGGAAUUGCUUAAAUACCGCGCCCGGGUGCUGUACAUCGACAUUGAUGUACAUCACGGAGACGGCGUACAGGAAGCCUUCUACUUAACCGAUCGUGUCAUGACUGUGUCGUUUCACAAGUAUGGCAAUUACUUUUUCCCUGGUACUGGCGACAUGUAUGAGAUUGGUGCUGAGAGCGGCCGUUAUUAUUCUGUAAAUGUACCAUUGAAAGAAGGAAUUGAUGAUACGUCAUACAUUCAAGUUUUCAAGCCUGUCAUAUCCCACGUGAUGGAAUUCUUCCAGCCGACAGCGAUAGUGCUUCAGUGUGGUGCCGAUUCCCUUGCAAAUGAUCGACUCGGCUGCUUCAGUCUCAGCACAAAAGGGCACGGCGAGUGCGUUAAAUUUGUGAGGGAUUUGAACGUACCACUACUGACUGUUGGUGGCGGUGGUUACACAUUACGAAAUGUUGCUAGAUGCUGGACGUAUGAAACGUCUCUGCUUGUAGACGAACAAAUCAGUAAUGAGCUCCCAUAUACAGAGUACUUGGAGUAUUUCGCACCAGACUUCACCCUACAUCCCGAGGUCGUAACCAGACAGGACAAUGCUAACAGUAAGCAGUAUCUUGAAGCAAUCACGAGACAUGUGUGUGACAAUCUCAAAAUGAUUCAACAUUCACCGAGCGUGCAGAUGCAGGACGUUCCGUGCGAUGCAUUACCACCCGAAGAGGAAAGGCAACCAGAACCAGAUCCGGACUCUCGACAGAACCCACAGGACACAGACAAGAUUGUCGAACCAGCGAAUGAGUAUUACGCCGGCGACAAAGAUCAAGAUAAAAUGGAUGCGAACGAUUCGUGAUAAAGACAGUAUUAUAGUUUACGAGGGCGUGCAAAUGAUUUCUCGAAUUUCCUAUAAAGUUCAAUAGAUCCAGUAGAAUCCAGAUUUGGGAAUUUUUUUAUUAAUUUCAUGAUUCAGCAAACAAAGAAACUGCCGAGAUUAUAUCUUUUCUAUGACUGAUUCUAAGACAAUAGAUGUUAUUGUGCAAUUAUUGAAUUUUUUUAUUUUCGAAACUACUGAUGUAU